AUGAAGGCUCUGCUGCAGACCAACAUCGUGUGGGUGAUCGUGGCAGUGCUUGAUACUAAUUUCCUGCAGAACAACAGGUUCCACUUUAACAUCGCUGGAAUAACAAUCCCGUCCAUCACUGAGAAGCCAGUAAAGCGCUUAGGCAAGAUGUUUGGCAGCACAUUAAGGGAUACGGCAUCCAUUAAAACAACUUGCGCUGAGCUGGAUGGUUGGCUGAAAGCAGCUGAGCAAUCAGGGCUGCCAGGGAAGUUUAAGGCCUGGCUGUACCAAUAUGGGAUUCUCCCUAGAAUUCUCUGGCCUCUCCUGGUCUAUGAUGUGCCUCUGUCAACAGUGGAGACCUUGGAGCGGAAGGUGAACAGCCAUCUCAGAAGAUGGCUGGGACUCCCCAGGAGCCUCAGCAGCGCUGCACUCUAUGGCUACAGCAACAAACUACAGCUGCCACUGAAAUCGCUGGAGGAGGAAUUCACGGUGACUAAGACAAGAGCAGUGCUGCAGUACAGAGACUCUGUGGACCCAAAGGUUUCUAAUGCUGGUGUGGAGGUGAAGACUGGUAGAAAGUGGAGUGCAGAGAAGUCAGUCCAACAAGCGGAGUCCAGAUUGCAUUUCACCAGGCUGGUGGGAGCAGUGACAAGAGGAAGGGCUUGCUUUGGCUCUCUCCCGACGAGGAACGUGGCACCAAAAGGGAAUCAGGAGCAGCAACAAGUUCAGCAGGAAGUAAGAGCAGGGCUGGAGGAGAAACGCGGAAGUAACUCACUGGGGAUGAGCAAGCAAGGCGCUUGGUUAAGAUGGGAGAGUGCAAACCAGAGGCGUGUGACCUGGGCGGACCUGUGGAGAGCGGAGCCCCAGAGGAUCAAGUUCCUUAUCCAGGCCGUGCACAAUGUGCUCCCUAGCCCUGCCAAUCUGCACACUUGGGGCUUGGCAGAAAGUCCAUCAUGCGCAAUGUGCUCCAAGCGCGGAUCACUAGAGCACAUUCUGAGCAGCUGUGCGAAAGCACUGGGGAAGGGCCGCUACAGGUGUAGACACGAUCAGGUCCUCAAAAGCAUUGCAGAGGCCAUUGGGGGUGGAGUAGAGAGAGCUCGACGCUCCCAGCCUAUCAAGAAGAUCAUGACCUUUUUAAAGGCUGGAGAAAAGAAGGCGCUCAAGACGAGAACUUCGACAGGUGUUCUGACCACUGCAAAUGACUGGCAGAUGUUGGUGGACCUGCAGAAACAACUGAAGUUCCCAAGUCACAUUGUGAGCACCAGCUUGAGGCCAGACAUCGUCCUCUUCUCCGAGUCCACAAAGCAGGUCAUUAUGCUGGAGCUGACUGACCCUUGGGAAGAUCGUCUGGACGAGACCUUUGAAAGAAAGCUCGCCAAAUACGAGGGUCUGGCAAGCAGCUGCCAGCAGGCAGGAUGGAGAUUAACUGUUACCAUUGACAAAGUGGAGAUGGUGUUAGAGGCUGAUCUGAUCAAGGUUCUUUCUCUUCCCUCAGGUCUGCAGAGGUAUUGCUGGGAGUCGGACCACCCUCCUCUGCAGCAGUAG